AUGGGUAGUUCUGUGAGGCAUUAUUGCACGAAUGAUAGAAAGUGUUCGCUAAAAUGCUCAAAUGGGAUUAGAGAAGGUGAUCCAGAGUCCGUCAGCUGCAAAGAUGGAAGCUGGAAUGCUCUCCCAAGAACGAAGAUUUACUGCAACUCGGCGAAAAUUCAACCUCCGAAAAAAGUCCCCCCAAAGACUCCUUUGUUUCCAAAAGAGCCCGAAACUAGACCUUUCCUCUCGUCCUUCUCUAAUUUAAUCAUCGCUGAAGGAACACCAGAUGUUGUCAAAGAAGCAAGUGGUCUGGCCUUUGGACCUCUGACGGAUUGCGGACCAGUUUUGGAACAUUUCAGUUUUCCAAAAGGAUCUUUGGCGAGAUGUUCGAAUAAUCUGUGCAAGGUCGAGUGCUCUGCAGGGAGAAUCCCAAAACCAAAAAUCAUCAAGUGCAUUAAAAAGACUUCGAAAUUUUGGCCGAGGCCAAACUCGGAAAUAUCUUGCUCAUCUCCAAACAAGGCGCCACAUAAAUUUCCGAGCAAAAAACCAGCAAAACGCCCACUUCCUGCGAAGAUUCCAAGUAAACUUGAGAAACCAUCACCUUGCGGAACGAUUGAAAACAGCGAAAUUACCUUGGGAGAAGGCGUGGGAGCAAUUUGCAAUCCCUUCGGAUGUCAAUUUAGAUGUGAGACUGGCUCGCCAAAUAUGAAGAGCGUCAGGUGUUUCAUGCGAAAGAAGAGAUUUGUUCCAAAGAAAGAGAAAAUCUUCUGUCAACCCUAA